AUGGAUAAACCUCAAAUUAUUUUACAUAGUCAAAAAUCAGUUAAUUAUACAGUCUUUGACGUUAAAUGGAUACCAACAUCAGCAAAAUUUAUUUCACUUGGUAAUCAUGCACGUGGAACUGGUGCUUUAGAUAUAUUUGAAAUAACACAUGGAGAUAUUGCUCUUAUUGCACAACAUGAAAAACCUACAGCUUUUAAAUGUGGAACUUUUGGGGCUUCACCAUCUCGAGAAAGACGACAUUUAGCUACGGGAAAUUUCGAUGGUUACAUUCAAGUUUGGGAUUUGGAAAAACUUGAAAAACCAAUUUAUUCUGUUAAGGGACAUACGGAAAUUAUUAAUGCUAUUGAUGCUAUUGGUGGAUUAGGAGUGGGUGAAGGAGCACCGGAAAUUGCUACUGCUAGUCGAGAUGGUCGAGUACAUAUAUGGGAUACAAGACAAGCUGAUCUUCCUGUUGCCAGUAUGGAACCAGCUGAAGGUGAAACUAAACGCGAUUGUUGGGCAGUUUGUUUUGGUAAUUCAUUUAACUCAAGUGAACGUGUUGUUUGUGCUGGUUAUGAUAACGGAGAUGUAAAAUUAUUUGAUCUGAGAACAAUGUCUAUUCGAUGGGAAACGAAUAUUAAAAAUGGAGUAUGUUGUUUGGAAUUUGAUAGAAAAGAUAUUGAAAUGAAUAAACUUGUUGCAACAACAUUAGAAAGUAAAAUACAUGUAUUCGAUAUGAGAACACAACAUGUUGAAAAAGGCUUUGCAUCUGUUGUGGAAAAAGCACAUAAUUCAACUGUAUGGAUUGGACGACAUUUACCACAAAAUCGAGAUGUAUUUAUGACUUGUGGUGGUUCAGGUUCAUAUUAUCUAUGGAAAUAUAAUUAUCCAGAAAAUCGUGUUAAGACUCAAACUGAUAAAACUGAAGUAGGCGUAGCUGGUACGUUAACUCUUCUUCAAAAUAUUGGUCUAUCCACUCAACCAGCUAGUGCAUUUGAUUGGAGUCCUGAUAAACCUGGCUUAGCUUGUACAUCCGCAUUUGAUCAAACUGUUCGUGUAUUAAUAACAACAAAACUAAAUUCCAUUUAA